AUAAGACUUUUAUCUUGAGCUUGAGUUUCAGAUGUCGAUGAAUAUAUGUGAACAAGAAUUUACCAGUGUUUCUGAGAGGGCUACUUGCAGUGCCCAUGGAGAAGAUUCAGCUUACUUUGCUGGUUGGGAGGAGUAUAGAAGGAAUCCAUAUGACUCACUGCUCAAUCCCUCUGGGGUUAUCCAGAUGGGCCUUGCAGAGAAUAGGCUAUCUUUUGAUCUUUUGGAAGAGUGGUUAGUAAAGCAUCCAGAAGCAUCAGUUAAUUUCCAACAAGAUUUGUUCAAAGAAUUGGCACUUUAUCAGGAUUACCAUGGAUUGCCAGCUUUCAAAAAGGCUAUGGCCAAUUUCAUGGAGGAACUUAGAGGGAACAAAGUGAAGUUUGAACCAGAAAGGAUAGUAAACACUGCUGGAGCAACAGCAGCCAAUGAGGUAUUGAUGUUCUGCCUUGCAGAUCCUGGGGAUGCCUUCUUAGUGCCUUCUCCAUAUUAUGCAGGCUUUGAUAGAGAUUUGAGGUGGCGCACUGGUGUAGAGAUUGUGCCGAUUCACUGUUACAGCUCCAACAAUUUUCAAAUCACCAAAUCUGCAGUGGAAUCAGCAUUCAAAGAAGCCCAAAAGAGAAAGAUGAAUGUGAAGGGAAUUCUCAUAACAAACCCAUGCAACCCACUGGGGACAACAUCAAGUGCUGAGAUAUUAAAAAUGUUGUUAGAGUUUUCCAUGAAGAAGAAAAUACAUCUAGUAUGUGAUGAGAUCUAUUCAGGAUCAGUGUUCUCUUCUCCACACUUUUACAGUAUUGCGGAAAUAGUGGCAAAACAACACUACAUGGCAGACAAUGUGCAUAUAGUGUAUAGCUUGUCUAAGGACCUGGGUCUCCCAGGCUUCAGAGUUGGUGCCAUAUAUUCCUAUAACAAUAGUGUAGUGACUGCAGCCAGAAGAAUGUCCAGCUUUUGCAUGGUGUCUUCUCAGGCACAGCAUUUAUUGUCCAUUAUGCUCUCAGAUUCAAACUUUAUAAAGUAUUAUAUACAAGAGAACAAGAAGAGAUUGAAAGAGAGACACAAUCUGCUUGUCUCAGGGCUUGCUCAAGCAGGAAUUGAACAGCUGGAUGGAAACUCGGGUCUUUUCUGCUGGGUUAACAUGAGGCAUCUGCUUCCAUCACAUGACCUAGAAGGUGAGUUAAAAUUAUGGAAAAGUAUAUUGGAGGAGGCCAGAUUGAAUAUAUCCCCUGGGUCUUCUUUCAACUGCAUGGAGCCAGGCUGGUUUAGAGUCUGCUUUGCUGAUAUGAACAUGUCCACCAUGGAAGUAGCAUUGCAGAGAUUGCAGAGAUUUGCCAAGGAAUACAAAAUCAUUGCGAAUGCCAAAUUGUAACAGACUUUCAGCUUAAAGA